ACACACACGAAGACAAUCGCGAAACAAGACGCUUGUUUAUGAGCACUCUUAAUGUAAAAUGUGUGAAACAUCUUUCUCCUUGGGUUUGCAGGAGCUCACAGAUUUCACGGAGAGUUGUCAAGCAGACCUAAAGGGUUUGUUUGAGGCGCUGGGAUGGAGUCAGGAAUUAGAUUCACAUGCAUUUCAGAUGGAAGUGUGUCCAUACGAUCCAAACCACACAGUCCCGCAGGACAGGAUGGAGAAACACAAAGCCUCCUGUCAGCUCAGUAAGAUGGGAUACUCCAAAGAGGAACAGGCUGAAAUGUUUGAUCCUUCAGUGUACUAUGAGAAAGCUAACAUUCCUUCAAUUAACACGGACAAAGAUACAUUUCAUCAAGUGAUUCUGCAGACCCCGGAAAGUGCCCCUCAUGUGAAAUCUACAGGACUUCACACACCUAGUGACGCAUCUACAGAUCUUGACAUACCUCAGAAUCAUAAGCGGGCAUUAUGUGACCUCACUGUGGCAGACCGAUUGGCCCUCUAUGAUCAUGUAAUACAACAAGCCAGUCAGCAGAGUGCAAAGAGAGAAUCCAACAAGGAUCUUUAUGUAGAUCUUGUUGCAAAGCUUAAAAAAGAUGAAGAACAGAGUGGGCCAAAGUCUCAUCUGGAGGUCUUGGCAGAGAUGAGGGACUACAGGAGGCGCAGACAGUCUUACAGAGCGAAAAAUGUUCACAUCACCAAGAAGUCUUACACUGAGGUAAUUCGGGAGGUGAUUGACAUCCACUCUGGAGAACUAGGCAGGAUUUGGCAGGAAGUGAAGGAUGAGGAGUUCAAAGCAUCACAGCAGUCAUCUCACAGAGGGGCAUCUGAGAGAGGCCGCUCUGCAUCCGUCGAGUCUCGUGUCAGCUCCCGAGAAGAGCAUGGGCACAAACGGCGCCGCAAACACAGCCGCAGUCAUAGUCGCAAGCGUAGUCGGGAGAGGAAAAACAAAAGUAGCAGAGUUUCACACUCUCCAGACGUGGAGAGACAUCAUAAGAAAAAGAAGUCUUGAAGCCUAAUUUAACAAAUCAGGAAUUCAUGUGUUUAGAUUUCAGAUAUUCUGAGCUUCAGUGUUUUCUCCUGUUUUGUGUGUUUGUUUGUUUUUUU